UCAACACAUCAACAUUGCUCGCCAUCUUCCAGCCACUUGUCAUAUGAAAGCUCGAAAGCCCGUGUUUCGGUGAGACGUUUUACCCUUGCGCAUGUCAACUCUCCGCUGAGCUUGCGGCAGAUUUGAAUUAUUACCGGUGAAAGUUCAGUGCUCAGUGACCAACAGUGAUUUAGUAUAAAACAGCGCGUAAGUGCUGUUUUUCCUUUUGGAUAAUUUCCCUUCGACUCCCAAUAUUCGUCUCCUACCAGCAUUGAAGUAGCCGAAGGAUGUCAUCUCCGGUAGCUGAAUUUUACAAGGGAGCGGAUAUUUUUCUUACCGGUGGCACUGGUUUCGUUGGCGUUGCCCUGAUCGAGAAACUCCUAAGGUGUUUUGGAAAUGACAUCGGAAAAAUCUAUCUUCUAAUUCGUAGCAAAAAAGAUGUCCCUGCCUCCCAAAGAGUUUUAGAUUUACCCAAAAAUUCAGUGUUUGAAAAAUUCAUUGCAGAGAAAGGCGAUGGUCUCUUGAAGGAAAAACUGGUAGCGGUUUCUGGUGAUGUGGGCUCUCCAGACCUUGGCUUAUCAGAUAGUGACAAAGCUGCCCUGAAAAAUGUCAGCAUUGUGUUCCACUCAGCUGCAACUUUAGAUUUUGAAGCUAAUUUAAAAACAACCUAUGAAAUCAAUUUAUUAGGCACACGCAGAGUAAUAGAACUCUGCAAAUCUCUACCCAAGUUCAAGGCCCUGUUACAUGUCUCAAGUGCCUACGCAAAUUCCAACCGAAAUCAAGCAGAAGAAGUAUUGUAUGAAGUUCCGGGUGACGUCGAGAAAGUCGGAGGAUUAGUCUCUUCCCUAAAUGAUGCCGCUCUGGAAGAAGUAACUCCAACAGUAUUAGGGAACCAUCCAAACACUUACACUUUUACAAAAGCCUUAGCAGAGCAUGCAGUGGCAGAGAGUGGCUUGAACACCUGCAUCAUCAGACCCAGCAUGAUUAUCGGAGCAUGGAAAGAGCCGGUACCAGGCUGGACAAUAUCCAAAAAUGGUCCACAGGGUUUUCUCAUGGCCGCUUCAAAAGGGGUCGUCAGAAGGUUACCCGUCAGCAAGAACCUCGUGUAUGAUUAUAUACCUGUAGAUAUCGUGAUCAAUCACAUGAUCCUUGGAGCUUACAAGGCUGAUCCCUCAACUCCUAUCUAUCAUUGCACAUCAAGCACUUGCAAUCCAUUCCGCUGGGCAGAUGUGGAGGAAAGAAUUCAUGAAAUAUUGCAUAAAUAUCCGUUGAAAAGUGCCGUGUGGUAUCCAGCACUGAAACUACUGCCCAGUCUUUUCCUCUUUAGACUGUCGGCAUUGAUAUUCCACAUCUUGCCUGCGUUCAUUUUAGACAACACGCUAGCUCUAGCAGGAGGUAGACGCAUUUUGAUGCGCCUUCAUAGAAAUAUCAACGGCUCUUUGGAUCGUCUUGCCCCAUUUAUUUUCCAAGAGUGGAUGUAUGACAAUCGUAAAACAGUCGCACUGCAUGAAUCCCUGAAACCAGCUGACCAAGAGCGCUUCGGAGUAGACAUUCGUCAAUUGAGGUGGCCUGAUUUGUUCGAUGACCUGGCAAAAGGUGUUCGAAGGUACCUCAACAAAGAAUCUGACUCAACUAUACCAGCUGGUCGCAAAAAGGACACCAUAUUGAUGUUUGCCAACUACCUUGUGCAGGGCGUGUUCUUCUAUGUCAUUUGGUAUCUGACCUCUACCGUCUUACGAACAUCUUACUCUGGGGGUUUAUACGCUGCAUCCUCCAUUUUUGCAGCAAUUAUGUACUUCUUAUAAAAUAACUUAGCCACUAAAGUCCUCAAGGUUUCUCAUGAAGCAAAAACUUGAGUUCAUGUGAGGGAAUCAAAGGUUUAAGAAGAAGUCUGUCGAAACUUUAAGUUUACUUAUACAUUGAGAUAAAUAGAAUAUUUUGAUGAGCCAUCAGAAAAAUUCUGAAUUCAUUUAAACUGUACUCGUGAAACUUAAAAUUGGUUCUUCGAACUUUUCUCAAUAUUUUAAAACGUUCAUGAAGUAUGAAAGAAAAUAAUCCAGUUUUUCUGGCCUCUGGAAAUUAGAAAGAUCUUACCUCCACUUCCUGGCACUCCCCACCGAAUUUAUUUUUAUCUCAUUCGAAAGAAUUGAUAUGAAACCAUGUAGGACUUCCCUUAUAAAUUGUACACUCUGUAGAGACAAGUUCAUUCUUUCUCAUGUACCGUUUUCAUCGCCCUCCACCACUCAGGUAAAACUGGAGAAUAGCCAUCGCGCAGAGUCCAAAGUUAAAACUGUGCAUUUAUUGAUAGAUUAGUUGGCUCACACUGUCUGAUACCUUACUUUUCUUAAACGGAGGCAAAAAAAAAAUUGGAAGUAUAAGUUGGUGAAGGUAUAAUAAAAUGCUUUCAUUAAAUAUUAAGUUUCUGAAAGUCAUGCAUUUAGGUAUGUUGGGAGUUUUGAGUCACUGGCAUCCAAUUCUUUUAAAAUAAUAUCCAUUUUUUGCUUUGAAGAUCGACUCCAAAGUUUACUUUUUCCAGUGUAAAUCAGUAUUUAAUGUUAUGAUUGUCCUAUAUUUUAGUUUUUUACUCAUAAGAUAUUUUUUGUAUUGUUUUUUAAAUACAGUAUUAUCCUUAAAAAUUGUC